GCCAGACGAGCUGUGCUGGUCUUUACAUGGCGGCCUCGGCGUGCCACCAGCACUUCUACGUUUGCCUCACGGUAACUUACUCUUAUGACGGCCGAGAGCGAGCUUACUACGCCAACGACGGCGCCUCCCGCCACUGCCUUGUCGCUGUGGCGCGAAACGGACUGGAUGCCAAGCAGAUCGUUGGCCGACAAGGACUCGGAUGAGUACGAGUUAUCGCUCCAGCAGGCAAAGCGCAAAAAGAUCCUUGUCAUCUUGGCGGCAGCGCUCGUCGUUGUUGGGACAGCCAUCGGGGUCAUUGUCGCCACGUCCACCGAGACAUCGGAUGCGUCCCAAGCAAGUGGCCUUUCAUCGCCCUCGACGGCCGUCCCAACCGCUCCGAAUGGCGAGCUCGUCGUCGCAUCGGUGGUGACGGGUGUUGACACGGACAUCGAUGCUACGAAUAACUUCACUCUGGCCAACAACAUCACGUCCGAGUCCGCGAACUCGAGCGCCCUUGAGUCGUUGAUUGUGACGCCUGAACAAACGACGACGACUCCGGCACCCACACCGGAGCCUACUCCGGAACCGACGCCAGCUCCGACGCCUGCUCCGACGCCUGCCCCUACCCCGGCUCCGACACCCCCUCCGACCCCUGCUCCAACCCCUGCGCCAACCGCCCCGAUCGGGAAAGGGACGCUGCGCAAUGUGAACAAUUGCGGUCGCACUGUUGAAUUCAUGAUCUCUGUCGACAACAAGGACCGCUUCAUCACGGUAGAAUCUGGUCAAUUCUACGACUUGGCCCCAGGCUACAGCAUCGCGACGGUGCGUGUGGGUCGCUCGCCUGAAGCUACGUUGUUCGAAGUAUGCCGCGAUGGAGGCAAGUUUUGGUACGAUUUUAGCGUGAUCCCGCCUAACUGCGGCCAAGGCACGAGUUGGGACGCGUGCUCGAAGGGUGGGAGCGUCAAAGGAUUCAAUGUGAAGGCGAAGCUAGACAUCCAAUACAUCGCCAACAACAACAACUUCAACUGCCGCUCCAUCGAGUGCAUGUGGGAACGUUGCCCCGACGCGUACCACUGGCCAUUUGAUGAUACCAAGACACGCAACUGCCACUUGGACGAAGCGUACGUUGUCACGUGGUGCGCCUAAGCGGCGACCGACACCCGAGGCGGUAGAAUAGCCUGUGGGUGGGGUGUGUUGAUAUGAAUGCUGUAUCCAUGUCGUGGCGUGUAAAAUGAUGUCGCCCAUCCCCCCUCUUGUAUUCCUUGACCCGUCGUCCAUUCAACUUUCUGUCGUUCAUGGUCGGCAUGAGAUCGUCUCGACCUCGCUGCUUCACCGAUGCCUUGACGACGUCCGUGGGAUGAGCCAGAAUAUCCC